AUGGAUACAACGAUAACUUAUCGUUAUAAAAGCCCCAUCCUUGUUUUUCGGAUUAACGAACCUUCGGAAUUACGAACCUUCGGAAAUACGAAGCUUCGGAAUAACCGAACCUUCGGAAUUACGAAUCCAUACUUUUUAGAUCUUCUACGGAAACUGAAACACAAGCACCAGAGGGAGCUACGGGUCCUUCUCCUCGGCCUUGACAAUGCCGGCAAGACGACCAUUCUUAAAAAUCUCUGCAAAGAGUCUUAUGAGAACAUAUCACCGACGAAGGGGUUCAACAUCAAAAGUGUUAAAAACAAAGACUGGAAUCUAAAUGUAUGGGAUAUAGGAGGGCAGAGGAAGAUUAGACCGUACUGGAGGAAUUACUUUGAAAACACUGACGUUUUGAUAUAUGUGAUAGACAGUGCAGACAGAACAAGAUUUGAAGAAGCAGGCGAGGAAUUCAGUGAACUACUAGAGGAAGAAAAGUUACAGGGAGUGCCUGUGUUGGUGUUUGCAAACAAGCAGGACCUGGUAGGAGCCGCUUCGGCUUCUGAUCUAUCCGAUUCUGACAAUUUGAAUUUACAAAUACUUCGAAACAGAUCGUGGCAAAUCCAAGCCUGUUCUGCGCAGACGGGAGAAGGCCUAGAGGCAGGAUUAACGUGGGUUAUGAAGACGGUGAACAGCAAAAAGUAGAGAGCGUCUAGCAUUCAGCCCUUGUAUACCAGGAUGGUUGCGCCAUUCUAGGAGAGAGUUCUCCUUAUUCCAUGCUGCCAUCCACAUUGGUAAGAUAUUUGGUUAACUCCUGUUAUAAGAACACAUUCAGGAUAUUGUUGUGAUCUUCAGGUUGAACUAUCUUUCCUUUGCAUAUGAAGCAAUUUGCCAGCCAAAGACUUUAAAGAUGACAAUCACUGUCCUUUGCUUAUGUUAAAUAUCAACUCCCAUAAUGCAACGGUGGAUUACCUAGCCAGACUUAUGACUUGGUGGUCAUGCUACAUCCGUGGUCACUGCCAUGGUUAAGGGGCUUUCACAAUUGCUUGUGAGAUCGUUUGCGAUCACUUGGUUACAAAAUAUGAUGCACAGAAUCGCAGCAGUUGUAAGCAGUCACACCACCAAUUGUGAAAGGGGCCAAAGAUAUCUGUGGGACGUUGCAAGAAACUUUUGUUGGGUCAGAUGCAUAAAAAGUAGCAACUGCUUUUGCUAGGCCUUUGCUUGAUUCCGUAUGCAUAAAAAUGAGCGAGCAAACGCUUUUCCUAAUAAGCUCAAGCAAUAACCUACUUUCCGCUAGCAUUUGCUUGACGAUUAAUCUAUUUGCUUAAAACCGUAUGCAUAAAGCGAACUUGUUGCUUGUGCGUUUAAGCACUUGCUUGGGUUUUUCAAGCUCCGUCAGAGCAGCUUGAGCGUUUGCUUGAUCAGGGCGUUUGCAUUUUAUAAUCAUGUUUAUGCACCUAGGAGAGAACCCUGAGGGGUACAGUAGCCUUCAUGUACAUGUUUUCUUCCUUCUUGACAUGAAUCGAAUGCUAACUAUAUUAAUUCAUUAAAUAGAAACAAGUUAGAAGAAUAGUUUGAUAUCACGUCCAAGGAAAAAAAAUGUAACAUGAUAGAAACGGCAUAUUUUGAACUGCCAUAUCAGGGAACGACUAACAUUCGAGUCCCGCCUUUGUGUUUUCACCAGCGUGACGUUGCUAUUGUUCAAACUGCUAGCAGUUGCUUUCUGAAGGCAAGAAAAUUGUUCAAGCACAAGCAAAGGGUUAUGCAUACGAAAUAAAGCAGCUGCUAAGUCUUGAUCUUUUGCCUUGCUGGCAAUUGCUUGAAUGUAAUAAUUGCUACUUAUUAUGCAUAUGACCCAAUUACUAGCAAUCAAUCAUAUGUUUUGCAAUCAAUCACUAAUUCGCAAUUGAUAGUAUGCUUCUUGCAAUAGAAAAUACGAAUUAAUUGCUGUAUUUAAUUAUUGAUAACGCAAUGAAAAUUUGUGAUCAACCACAAAUAAGUUUGUUAUUACUUGGUCUUCAUCUAUGAGGCUUGAAAUACAUUUAUGUGUAACCAGGUGGGUGUUUCAUAAAGCUGUUCGUAAGUUAAGAGCGAUUUUAAGAACGUCUGGUGAUCCUUACGCACUAAAUAAUCACCAAUGAACAUUUAAUGGUGAAUAUCAUUUACCACAAGAAAGGAUCACCAGUCGCUCUUAACUUUCGAACAGCUUUAUGAAACAACCCCCAGGUCCAUUUCUGGCUGUUUCUUAGGCAGAAAUUUCAGGAGGUAUGUAUGUGGCUCUUGUGGGGGGGGGGGGGGUGGUAGUUAAGACUGAUAUUUUUUCUUGUAGGCAUUUGUAAGAAGACAGACAUUUCUGGGGAUAAAAAAACAAGAUAAUGAAAAGAGAGAGGUCUGGGACUGUAGAUCUAUGAUACCUUGAUACCACUAUUAGGACCUGAUGAAAUGAAAAUAAAAAUGGUGUCACUAGAAAGAAAGCCGUCUUGCCUGCACCCUCCUUUAAAUAUUCUGGUGCCACUCCUGAAAGGCAUUGUUAUCUUUCAUUCAUUUGAAACGAUGUACUAUCUAUCUUUAUGCAAAAAGAGUAACCAACGAAUCUAUUUUGUGAAAAUGAUGAAAAAUAUCCACAUUGAUAAAACCAUUCUUGUUCUGCUGUAUCAGGCUCUCAUACAGAGCAUAUUGACUUACAACCUGCUAUGUUAUUUUGGAAAUGGUAAAAGAAAGAAGGGUCUCGAUUAGGUCGGGUGAGACGAGUGGCACAGCGAGUGGUUGGAAAAGAUCAGCCUGAUUUAGACUGUCUCUUUGAAUAGAGAGUUUUGUCAAAAACUAACAAAGCCAUGAAAGAUUAACUGAUCUGAGCUAUCCUCUCAAUACACAAUAUUCGUUCAAUCGAUCCGGAACCCGUUUAAAUGUCCCACGAACUAAUGUAAUGGGUCGCAGUUCCGCCAAUCUUUUGUUCCAAACUAUUUACUUGUAUAAUCAACUUGUUAGAAGAUGAUCUUCCCACAAUAUUUACAACUACUGUACUUAACUACACACCAUCUGAAGGAUAACAACAAUACAAUAAUGAUACUUCUACUCCUCAUGAUAAUAAUAAAACAAUGUACUACUAAUAAUAGUAUAAAGAUAAUAAUAAUGAUAACUGUACUGAAUAUUAUAAGGAUAAUGACAUACAUAUACAUAUUUUUUGUUAUACAUAUAUGAAAUAAUGAUAACGUACAGGUUAUAUGAGAAUCCUCUUUCAACAUGAACGCCCUGACUUCUGGUGAGGAAUCAUACUUUUGUUUGUCUGUUUUACAUGUUUUCGCAUCCUCUAUGUGUGUUUCAUAUAUGUUUGUAAUGCUGGUGGAAAGCACAUUUCUAUGAACUUGGACUACAAUAAAUAUGAACUUAUUGAACAGUUUUGUGGAUUUUACCACAUUGCCAGGAUAUCUAAAUCAAAAUAGUAAAUUUUACAUUCAGUUUGUUGACAAAGACUGUUGUUCCAUAUUAAAUGACAAAGCAGAGUUUUGAUCAGUGCCAAAUAUUUGUUCAUUUAUGAUUUUAAUACUGUACUUCAUUAAUUUUUAACGAUUUUUAUUUCUUAGCCCUUUUAACAUUUGAUUUUGGGGAUCAUUUUACCUGCCUCUGUUUAUUUAAAUUGAGAGCAUUGUAAACAAAAAUGCCUCCAUUCUUAGAAUGAAUGUACAGUUUAUGUGUAAUUAUUUUGAUAAAUGUUUGAAUAUUUUUUUUGUUGCUUUUUUGUGAUAUGAUUGUACACCGAACUUGCAUGAAAUGUUAUCACCUUGAGUUACAUAUCCGUCUCAUUGAAGCAUAACUUGUAAAUAACAUAAUGGAUAUUGAUCUGAUAUUUUAGUUUGUAAAGGAUAAAGAGGUAUACAACUAUGACAGAUGGUAAGCGCUGCAGAUACACAUACAUGUACGGUAGCUGUAAUUAUAGUAUACCGGUAUUCAAAACAAUUUUUUCAUAGAAUUAUGAGAUAGCAGAUGUGGCAACCAAGAUUUAUGUUUUACUUGUACUUUUAUAUAAGUACCAAAAGAGUGCUUACUUUGAAAGUGGUGUAAAAAAAAGUCCCCAUUUAUAUGCAAAGAGAGAGGUGACUAUAUAACUUUUAUUUUUCAGUACUUAAUUUUAUCAUUUCAAUUUUUCAUAAAGUAUGAAUGAUUUUCACUUAAUCGCAGUAAGCUAUGAUAAUGGUGAUUUUACAUAGUUUAUAAGGAAUCAGGUCAUAUUUUAGCAACGUAUUUUUGUAGCCAAAAUGGGAAUAUUUUUUAAUAAAUGAAUAAAUAAUUUCAUACAAUGCAAAACAUUAGGUGUUCUGGAAUGUCCAUUGGAUGAAUGGUUAAUACCUCUGUGAAAAAGUACAUGUACAUGGCUAUUGCCAUGAGUGUCAAUGCACGAUAAUUUUGGGGGGAAAUGCUAUUUGUUCAAAUGUUUAAUUAAAGAUUCCUUUUAGCUGCAUAAAAAAUUAUGAAUUAUGAAUAUUGGUCACUUUGCCAUCAGUAAUAAAUAGGUACAUCUUAGUAGGUGUCACUUUCCCAAGGGAGUGGGAGAUGUGCAGUGGCAGUGCAUACAUCUAGUCAUGGGCAGAUUCGGUACAGCACCCUUUUAAAGGAGGGGGUGAUGUGAAACAAUAUAUCUUUCCCCCCCCCCCCCACUGCUUGAAUCUUGGAAUCUUUUACAUUGUAUCUAUUGCAUCUAGUGUAUGGACAUGUGUACAUGCAAUGUGUUAAAUUUAUUUUUUGAUUAAAGAUGGAUGUAUUGUUAGAGUACUUUUGAUUUGUCAAGUGAUGAAGUUGGACAAUGUAAAGCACUUUUGCCUGUAUUCUGAACUGAGGUUUAAUCUGAAAUCUGGUCUUAAGUUGUGGUGUAACCAUGGAUAUAGCCAAUUUGGGACACAAAUCUCUACAGUACAAUUUCGAUUUAUGACCUCAUCUGUCACACACAAGUCAUCCAACUGUCUGGGAACGAUAACAGAACUAGUUUUCUUGGCCAUUAUACUAUGAUGAAAGGGCACAGCGAACAUGACAAAUUUGCAAUAUUAUUAACAAAAUUAUGACAUUUUCCUCUUCCCGUAAUUUUAGUACAGUGCAAGGGCGGAAAUCUCUCCCCAAAGGUAAGGGGGAACUAGGGGCUGAAAAUUUUGACAAGCAAAAAAUAAAAAAUAAAAAGGUUAUCACCCCAAAAGUAAGGUCAUCUCCCCAAAAUUAAGGUCAUCUCGUCCAAAAUAAUGUUUUAUUUCGAUUUUGAAUGAUGUAUUUCUUUCCAUCAUAAAAGACCAAAAAUAGUAGGGGGACAUUUGAUAUUGUGUCCCCCCUACUAUUUUGGGUAGGGGUGACGCGUCCCCCUGUCCCCCCUCUGAUUUCCACCCAUGGUACAGUGUUAGACCUUUGUCUAUGAACUUAAAGUGAACUUCAGUAGACAGGCCUAUGAUAUAGUACACUCUAAAAACAGAGAGUAAAAAUUCACCCAAUAUUGGGUAGAAAGGGAACAUGCAUGUUUGCUGGGUAAUUUUCCCUCAAUAUUGGGCCAAACGCAUGUUUGAAGGGUAAAUUUUAACGCAACAUUGCGUAAAAUUUACAAAAUAUUUGGUAUCUUCUUACCCAACAAACAUGCAUAUUGCCAUUUUACCCAAUAUUGGGUUAACCCUUUUUUUAGAGUGUAACAGUUUAGAAAAUUAUGUAUUCAUAAAGUUACCAAAUUUUACAAUAUUUCUGAAUCAGUGAAUGUAUUCGUAAGAUUAAGUUAGAUGUAUAUUUCUUUUAAUAUGUAUUUAUUACCUGUACUUGUAUAUUGAAAUUUAAGUAAUGAUUCUUCAUUUUUUAUUUCUUCAUUUCAUCAAGAAAUAAAAGAGCUUUAUAGCCAAUACACAUUA